CAAAAGGGGAGAUUGUGAAGAAAAUAAAGGGCAGGCAGAGUGAGCGGCCGGAAAAAGGCGGAGCCCUAAAAUUAGAACUAAAAACCGUAAAAUUGGAGGGGAAAUUGGGGGGGAAUGGCGUCGGCGGCGUCGUCGUCGUCGAACUCGAGCAGCGGACUGACGUUCAAGCUGCAUCCGCUGGUGAUAGUCAACAUCUCCGAUCACUUCACCCGAGUCAAGUCUCAGCAGCAGCGGACUUCUUCUUCUCCGUCUUCUCCUUCUUCUUCUGAUAAUGAUAUCAAUGAUCAACAACAACAACAACAACAACAGCAGGAGCAUCAACAGCCUCCUCGCGUGUACGGCUGCGUCAUCGGAGUACAGAGGGGCCGUACGGUCGAGAUCUUCAACAGCUUUGAGCUUCUCUACGAUCCCUCCACCCAUUCUCUCGACCGCCCCUUCCUCGAGAAGAAGCAGGAGCUCUAUAAGAAGGUUUUCCCUCACUUUUACAUCCUGGGCUGGUACUCCACCGGAAGCGACGCUCUCGAAUCCGACAUGCACAUUCAUAAAGCCUUGAUGGACAUCAAUGAAAGCCCGGUUUAUGUUCUGCUGAAUCCUUCCAUCAAUCAUGCCCAGAAGGAUCUCCCUGUUACCAUUUUCGAGAGUGAGCUGCAUGUCAUUGAUGGAGUGCCGCAGCUAAUUUUUGUACGCUCAAGCUACACUAUUGAGACUGUAGAAGCAGAAAGGAUCUCAGUUGAUCAUGUUGCUCAUCUUAAACCAUCUGAUGGCGGUUCCGCCGCAACACAACUGGCUGCCAACCUCACAGGCAUACAUAGUGCCAUCAAAAUGCUAAACAGCAGAAUAAGGGUGCUUCAUCACUAUCUACUUUCUAUGCAGAAAGGUGAAAUACCUUGUGAGAAUUCACUACUAAGGCAAGUGUCGAGUCUUCUGAGAAGGUUGCCAGCUAUUGAAUCUGGAAAGUUCCUAGAUGAUUUCUUGAUGGAAUACAAUGAUACAUUGUUGAUUACAUACCUAGCCAUGUUCACCAACUGCUCGAGCACAAUGAAUGAGCUAGUCGACAAGUUCAACACGGCUUAUGACAGGCAUAGUCGAAGGGGCGGAAGGACUGCUUUUUUCUGAAAAUUGGUUACUCUUUUAAGUCUUAUCUGAUAAUCUGAGUGACUUGAGAGUAGCGAGUGCUGCUGUUUGUUUGAAAGUCGGCACAUGCAAGCAAGCUUUUAGAAAUUAUGUUUCUAAGACGUGAACCAUACAGAAACAAAAAGAAUCUGAGAUUUUGAGGGUAUAUUCAUUUUGUUUACUUAACUGUGCGUAGUGUAAGAUAUGAGAAUUGAGAUUCAAUUUUCUUGUAAGGGUUCAAAAUUCAGCCAUUUCUGGUCUUUCUACGGAUCGAAAAGAAAUUUACUCAGUCAAUAUUGGAAAUUGGAAAAGACAAAUGA